AUUCCAUAUGAAAUGAUCGACUUCAUUGAACAGCGUUGUUGGGAAUUCGUACAUGCUUAUCAAACCGAAGAAGAAAGUGAUAUGCUAUGGUUUACAACAAUAUUAGAAGAUCACUGGAAUAAAUUUAUGGUUUGGUAUUAUGAAAUUAUAGAAGAACUAGCUACCAUUCGUGUUUGCAACCCGUUUCAAAUUAGUGAUAUUUAUGAGCGAUUUGACAGUUUGGAACGUAAAAUUAAAACAUUUUGUCCACAAUUUUUCAUCGAUGGUGAUACAAAUCUGUGGAUUGUAAAACCAUAUAAUCGUUGUUCCGGUAUGGGAAUACUAUUGGAGAGACGUUUCAAUAAUAUUUUGAAAACAAUUAAAAGCACGAACAAAUUUAAUAAAACGUACAUAAUACAAAAAUAUAUAGAAAGACCAUUGCAGAUAUUUAAUGUCAAAGUGGAUCUGAGACAAUACUUUUUAGUUACAAACACAUAUCCCAUAAAAAUAUGGAUGUACAAGGAAGGAUAUGUACGAUUUUGUUCAAAGAAAUUUACAAUUCAAGACUUGGGUGAAGAAGUUCAUCUUAGCAACGUAAGAGUUCAAUCUACCAAUAGAAAAUAUAGAGUACCCGGUGUACCGGAAGAAUGUAUGUGGGACUUUACACAGUUUAAACAAUACCUGAAAUCAAUUAAGAAAGGCGACAAGUGGCAUACAUCAAUAUAUCCUAAAAUCUGCGAAACAAUAUCGACUAUCCUCAUCAAAUCUUUUAAGCAAGACAUCAGAAAGACGUUUGCUUUUCAAUUGUUUGGAGCAGAUUUUGUAGUAACAGAACAUUUUGAACCAUGGUUAAUAGAAAUUAAUAGUAAUCCUGGCUUGAAUCCAACUACGAGUAUCAUUGCUAGAAUUGCCACGACAUUAUUAAAAGAUAUUAUCAAAGUUACAGUGGAUUUUCCACUUAAUUCAAAUGCAGAAACUGGACUUUUUGAGAACAUUUACUCUGACACACUUGUAAAACAUUGUAWYACGGAUAAAAACAUCACAAAAGAAUAUUAUUACUACCAACCGCCUAAGAAUACAAAACAAUUAAAUAAACAAAGCCACAAAGGUAUUGAACAGAAUAAAAAGAAAAUUGUGAGAUGA